CUUUUUUCUUAUCAUCAUCUCAUUGCAAAUGCAGACACCUUUAUGAACCCAUCAAGACCGCGUUAAUUGAAUAUAGUCGAGUAAAUUCUACCUGAAACGCAAAAAUGGCAAUCUCACUCGAGAACGGCUACACGGCUACCGCACCCCAAUUCAAACCCGAAUCCCUCCCACCGAAACAACAACAACCCAACACCAAAUUAUCCAAAACCGAAUACCUCCACAGACUCUUCCAAACCUACAUCAACCCCCCGGCAACUGCAGCCCUAAAAUCCCUCCAAAAACACUUCAACACCCACCCUCUCCUAACCACCUUCCUCACCGCCCAAUUUCUAACCUCCAUUCUACCGAUUCUCCUGUUUACGACUGGUGUGUUGACGGCUGGUCUCGUUGCGGCGGGGAUAUUUGCGUUCUUGGGAUUAUUGGUGUUAGGGCCAGUUUUAGUGAUUACCGGGAUUCUGGGGGUUGUGGUCUGGGGAUGGGGAUGGGGGGUGGUUUUUGUGGGGAGGUGGGUUUGGGGUGGGUAUGUUGGGAGACAUGGUAACGGUGCUGGUGGCAGCGGUAAUAUCAAGAGGGAAAAUGGGACGUUGAAGGUUACUAUGUAAAGGUGGGUUUGGGUGUAUGUACCAUGGUUGAGAUUAUGUUAUUGACGUCUUAAGAUCUCGUUCAAUAUCCUGUCCUGUUAUAUCCAAUAUGCCAAUCUAAAUUACAAUGCAAUAUACACAUAUUAGUGCCCCAAAAAACAGCUAACGCCUCUGCUUCCUCCUAUGCGCCUCCGCCCACUCACACCACCGCCGAAUAGCCCCAUCAACCCACUGCAACGCCUCCCUCUCAGCCGAAACCUCAAACCACUCCUGAUGCCUCUUUCCACAAUCCGGACAAGGGCCCAUAUCCCGAAUCCGAAGGUCCCCCAACUCGAUAUGAAUCAGAUGCUCUACGCGAUGCACAAAG